AUGGAUAUUGUCCUCGAAUUCACAGACACCUUCAUAGCCGACUAUGUCUAUGCUUGGGCACACCCCAUCAAGCCGGCACCCUACGACUCCCUUAUGGGUAUAGCUUCCAACUAUUCAGAGGCUCAGCAGACAUUUUCUCCCUGGACGUUCCAGCCAGCCAGCCAGUUCAUUAGCGUCCAGCCUUCACAAGCCGCCUACAUGAGCGCAUGGCCACGCGACAAUGUCUUUCGCCAGCUGAUUACCCUUUACUUUAUCGUCUGGCUCUUUGGCAUACUCGUCUACUUCUUUUUCGCCUCUCUCUCCUACGUCUUCAUCUUUGACAAGCGCACCCUCGACCACCCCAAAUUCAUCAAGAACCAAGUCUGGCUAGAGAUUGUUCAGGCGAAUCGGGCCAUGCCCGUCAUGGCCCUGUGCACAGCGCCCGUGAUGGUUCUCGAGGUCCGCGGCUACAGCAAGCUCUACGACACGACAGACGAAGGCCCCGGGAUGUGGUACAACAUCGCGCAGCUCCCCCUUUUCCUUCUGUUUACCGACUUCUGUAUCUACUGGAUACAUCGCUACCUUCAUCACCCUCUCAUCUACAAGCGCCUUCACAAGCCUCAUCACAAAUGGAUCAUGCCCACCCCCUACGCCAGCCACGCUUUCCACCCGCUCGACGGCUUCGCCCAGUCCCUCCCCUACCAUAUCUUCCCCUUCCUCUUCCCUCUCCAGAAGAUCACAUCGGUCGCCCUCUUCGCCUUCGUCAACUUUUGGUCCAUCCUUAUCCAUGACGGCGAGUACCUCACCAACAACCCCAUCGUCAACGGCGCUGCCUGCCACUCCCUCCACCACUCGCGCUUCGAGGUUAACUACGGUCAGUUCUUCACUGCCUUUGACCGCAUGGGUGGAACUUACAGGAUGCCCGAGGCUUGGAUGUUUGAGGCGGGGAAGAAGAUGUCCAAGAAGCAAUGGAACAGUGAGUCCAAGGCCGUCGACGGCCUCGUCAAGGAGAUUGAGGGUGCUGAUGACCGCACAUACGAGCCCGCCGACACUAAGAAGAACAAAUAA